UGGUUUUGUCAUAUGCAACGCUUUUUUACUGCAACACCUCCAAACCGAAAAUCUCCCAUCGUGCCAUUUGAUCUGAUAAUCUGAUCGUCACCGACUGCGACGCGUCCAGGUUGUUGCUCAUGCGAGUCUGACGUUGCUUAUCAACUCCAUUGGCACCUUCGAGUCCUCCUUCCACCCCUCCUCUCCAUCUCCUCCUCUUCUACAACACCACCACUCCCAGUCGCCAAAGUGUUCUCCUCCGCCUUUCGCCGCGCAGGCUCUCGCCCUCUCCGCUCUGCCAUUAGCCUGCCCGUUGCUGCAGCAGGUGCUUUCUACAAGCCCUCACCCUCCGCUCCCACCUCUCCGAUCCUCUCGCAAACCGCCUCCAGGAUGACACACUCCAAAGUUGUCAUUAUCGGCUCCGGCCCAGCAGGCCACACUGCUGCCAUUUAUGCCGCCCGCGCCGACCUCCAGCCUGUCCUCUAUGAAGGCUUUCUCGCUUUGGGAAUCGCGGCUGGUGGCCAGCUCACGACAACGGAUGAAGUCGAAAACUUCCCUGGCUUCAAAAUGAUCAAAGGAACCACACUCAUGGACAACAUGCGCGCUCAGAGCGAAGAAUGCGGUACCACAAUUGUCAGCCAAACUGUCGGAAAGGUCGACUUUAGCUCGCGUCCCUUCAAGUUCUGGCUACACCCAAUGGGUGACGAAGAGACACUCGAGCCUGAGACGCACACUGCUGACACGAUAAUCAUUGCCACCGGUGCUAAGGCCCGCCGUCUAGACCUUCCUGGUGAGGAGAAGUUCUGGGGCAAUGGUGUCUCUGCCUGCGCAGUCUGCGACGGAUCCCUCCCUAUCUUCCGCGAGAAGCCUCUGGUUGUGAUCGGAGGCGGUGACAGUGCUGUCGAGGAAUCGCUCUACUUGACCAAGAAAGCGAGCAAAGUGACUGUGCUCGUCCGCAGGGACGAACUCCGUGCGAGCAAAGCCAACGCUCGCCGGCUGAAGGAGCACCCUAAAGUGGAGAUCAAAUGGAACACGCAGGGUGUAGAAAUUAAAGGCGAAGAGGGGCCAAGAGGGUUGAUGCAGAGCAUGGUGAUCAAGAACAAUAAGACUGGUGAGCAGGAGGAAAUCCCAGCCAAUGGGCUGUUUUAUGCCGUGGGUCACGAUCCCGCAACGCAUUUGUUCAAGGGACAAUUGAAGAUGGACGAGGAUGGAUAUCUCAUCACCACACCCGGAACAACAGAGACGAAUGUUCCAGGUGUCUUUGCUGCCGGUGAUGUGCAGGACAAGAAGUACCGGCAAGCUGUGACUUCGGCUGGCUCUGGAUGCAUGGCUGCUCUUGAAGCGGAGAAAUUCCUCGCUGAGCACGAUCUUGCUGAAGGUGGCCCAGAGGCCGAUAAUGGUGCCAAGGCUCCCGUGUCGAACGGCGAGGCACCAGAAUAUCGCCAAAAUCCUUUGCUGUGAGCGAAAUUCUGAUCUUUCGAUAAAGCCCUGGAGAUAAGCGGCUGUUGCAUAGGCUGCAAGGGCAGACACCAGUCUCUUGAAGAUGAUAGAACCAUGACAUUGUCACCAUAGAAGAUCGUUUAUACCCGCCAUGGC